AAGUGUCUCCUUUGAAGACUUCGUAAGCAUUCCUUGUCCUUUUGGAUUAAGAAUCUUAAAUAGUGCUGUUUUAUAAAGAUAUGCGAAUUACCUCUUCCUUUAUUUUAAUUCUUACUCAAAGUUUUGAAAAGUGUGUGAAUAAUGGCAGCAAUUGGUUGUUCAGAAAAUGGACACGGAGAGAUGGUUGGAGUUAGCGGUAAGAAACGGAAGGUGGAAGGACCCGACAAUGGAUAUGCCUGGAUAGUUGCUGUCGCCGCCUGCGUCAUCAACUUUAUUAUGGCUGGAUUGGGCAGGAUGUCGGGCAUCCUCUUCGUUGCCUUCAUUGAGCUGUUUGGAGUGGACCGAAGGAGUGCAUCGAUGCCCUCCAGUGUGCGAUCAUCGGCAAGAAACUUGUUAGGACCUAUCGUUGGUAUCUUGGGCCAGAAAUAUGGUGUCCGAUCUAUUACAAUGAUUGGAGGAAUUGUGGCAAGUACAAGUGCUAUAUCGUGUUUCUUCGUUAAUGAAAUUACCUGGAUAACUGUUCUGUGGGGAGGAUUGAAUGGUAUGGGAAAUGCACUCACUGUCACUCUGCCUCAAGUGAUAAUUGGACAAUAUUUUGAUAAGUACAGAACUACUGCUUCCGGAAUGGCUUUCUCUGGCGGAUGUCUUGGGUCUUUUCUCUUUCCUGUGCUUCUGGAGAAUUUGAUCCACAGCUUUGGAAUUGAAGGAACUUUUCUAAUCAUUGGCGGUAUAAUAAUGCACACCAUUCCCGCUGCUAUGAUUUUAACGAAGCCAUCUUGGCUCAAGAGUAAAAAGCAAGCGAAAGACAUUGAAAAUGCAGAUAAACCGAAAUUUGUGAUCUCGACAGAAUCUUCAGUUUCCGAUGAAGUAGCAGAAAGAGCUGUAAAGAGGCGAUUGGCCAAGCAAGAAUCGAUGAAGAACUUCUUGAAAAAUGGGCCAAGUCUUAGGAUUCUACGUCAAAAUAGUGAUAUAGUUGCAAAAAUCUUAUCGAACGCUGCACCAGACGUGCAAACUAGUGUUUUAGAUAUGGAUAGCGAAAAGGCUGCACUAUAUAUGGAAUCUUGCUUGUGUUCAGAAAUGGAAAUACUCCUGCAGUCAAUUGAGACCUCUCUUGGAAUUCGAAGCAGUCAGCAGAAUUUAAACUUGACGAGUGUCAAUCUUGCUAUUCCUGAAAAAGAACCUCUGAAAAUGAUGCGUAGUAUGAAAGGACCUUAUCUUGCUGUGGAACAACCAUUAGGUUCAUGUGGGAUAAAGAAGUCGAAAUCCGUUCCUGAUCUAUUUAAAAUGUCUAAUGAACCUUGCGUGAAUGUUCUAUCGAAGCUGAAGGUACUGCUUGGUAUGAAAAUCUCGCAAAUUACUUCUGUCUGUCCUGGUGAGAGCAAACGAAGAAUAUUGAAGGUAUCCAAAGAACUAAAAAAACUGUACCAUGUUUCGGCUAAAUUGGACAUCAAUGGAAAUGGCGUCUCUUCGGUACACAGCGCGAAAUAUUUGGUUUCAACCAAUGGUACAGACCAUAGCUCCAAUUCCUUUUGGGAUCAUAUAAAAACUGCAAUUAAAUUACAUGUUAAUCCUAUGUUCCUACUCAUCUGCCUCUGCAGAGCAGUUCACUUCAUUGUAUUCAUCCCAGUUAUGACUAUUGUUGUAGACUUCGUAAUGGAUAAAGGACUUUUGGAGCAAGAUGGGAAAUAUGCCAUCGCAGUUUUGUCUCUAGGUGAUCUCGCUGGACGAUUAUGCUUUGGUUGGGUAACAGAUAAAGGCUUUUUAUCUUUACCUAAGUACAUGAUGCUUGUAAUGAUUGCCCAUGGUGCCAGCACUGCUUUCCUGCCGCUGAUGCAGACCCAACUGACUAUUUUCAUAGUACUAGGAAUCUUUGGUUUGCUCCAGGGCUCGUUGUUCGUCCGACAUCCCGUUUUGGUUUCGAAGUAUAUGGGAAAACAUGAACAAUCCAUCGCCAUGGGAUGUGUUAAUUUCUUCUCCGGUAUUCUUGGUUUUGGUCUGCCAACUUAUAUAGGCUUCUUCAGGGACACACUUGACAGCUAUGACUAUAUCUUCUUCAUUAACGGAGCUGGUGGUGCCCUUGUGGGAUUAUUAUGGGCUCUAGAACCUUAUUUACUCCGCCGCUCUACAAGAAUUUCGGACAAAUCUGGAUCGGUAUAACCGUUAUGCAGGUGACUUUUGUUGACAUCGUCUAAAAAAAAAACUGGACAUCUAGCUUCCUGAUCGUAGACUUCUAGAAUAUUUCUCCCUGAGGAAAGUGACAGAAAAACAGCUGGACUGUUUAAACGACCUAUGGCUCUGGUUUUUAACUUGCCUCAGGAAGCUUAUCUUUAAUGUAAAUAUUGUACUAUGUAGAUUGCUGAGCAACUGACGAAAUUGUAUAUUGUAUGCACAAUUUUAGACUCCGAGAUAUCUCUUAGUUUCAAAAACGCAUGCUGCAUAUCUCGGUGAAAAUGAAACAUUAUCUGUAAUUUUAAAUUAUGAUACCAAUGUAUUUCUUGAAUAAAUAUAUUUUUAAAUACCUUUA